AUGCAUGAUUGUGGUGCUACCAUGCAUCCGAAUGCUAAUAAUGUGCGUGCUAAAUUCCAAAAAGAAGGAGCAACUGGGCAGGAUAUUCAACGAGAGAAUGACCAAGUCAAGAAGUCUGCAAUUUACAAGCUGGCGAGGGAAAAGGAGCGAGAGGACGAGGUGAAGCCCUUGACGAAGUUGGAGGGAAAGGACGAGGCGACGAUCAGACAACUCCAAGAACAGCUCGAAAGUUUGCAGCGCAAACAUCAUAUCGAAAAGGCGCAGCUUCAAGAGCAGCUCGAAAGUUUGCAGCGCGAAAAUCAUAUUGGAAAAACGCAGCUUCAAGAGCAGCUCGAAAGUUUGCAGCCCAAACAUCAUAUCGAAAAGACGCAGCUUCAAGAGCAGCUCAAAAAGCAAAACGAAGAAAUACAACGCUUAAAGACAAAGAACAGCCACCUCAUGAAAAUCACAGAACAAUUCAUCAAUGAAAACUCUGUGGCCUCGGCCAUUUAUCCCAACAAAUCUGGACUGUCAUACGAUUUCAUGGAACUCAACAUUCGUUAUGACGAGGAAAAGAAUCAGCAGCUGGAUAUGACAUUAGAUGUAGGCAAGUUGCUCUUGGACGCCCAUGCAUUCGCCUUCCGUCAUUAA